AUGGCCCUAUCGUUAAAAAAAGCCUGUAAACUUCAAGAUUUUGUUGCCCACACUUCAAAUGUCUCUUGUCUUGCCCUUGGACACAAAUCAGGGCAUGUACUUGUUACUGGAGGAGAUGACAAGAAAGUCAACCUCUGGGCUAUUGGGAAGCCCAAUUGUAUUAUGAGUUUGAGUGGUCACACCACUCCAAUUCAUUCUGUUCGCUUUGGACAUACGGAAAAUCAAGUAUGUGCUGGCUCAUUUGCUGGAGCUUUGAAGUUGUGGGACUUAGAAGCCGCCAAGCUAUUGCGAACUUUAACUGGCCAUAAGGGAUCUGUGAGGGCUAUUGAAUUUCAUCCUUACGGAGAUUUUAUCACCUCUGGUUCUGCAGACAGCACAGUCAAGCUAUGGGAUAUUCGCAAGAAAGGCUGUAUUGCCACUUACAAAGGCCAUACUCAAGCGGUCAACAGUUUGAAAUUCAGCCCAGAUGGCUUAUGGAUUGCCUCCGCUGGGCAGGAUGGGCUAGUAAAGUUAUGGGAUUUGAGGAUUGGGCGUAUGCUACGAGAAUUUCCAGAACACACUGGUCCUGUUAAUUCAGUCGAAUUCCAUCCUCACGAGUUCCUGAUAGCCUCAGCCAGCCAGGAUAAUACUUUGAACUUUUGGGAUUUGGAACACUUCACUCUCGUCUCGUCAAGUGAUCGUGAAGUACCGUUUGCUAGGUGCCUUCACUUCAGCUCUGGUGGAGAGUGCUUGUACGCUGGCGGUCAAGACUUGUUGAGAGUUUACGCAUGGGAACCAGCAAGGACUAUUACCUCUUUGCAGAUUCCGUGGGGCAAAGUACAAGAUAUCGCUUCUACUAAUGAUAAGCUGAUUGGAGCAUCCAGUGGCGGAAGUAGCGUCUCGGUUUGGGUGGUUGACACUACAUUAUUAAUGACGAACUCUGCUCCAACUGGAGGAGACUCUCCCAUCCAUACCAGUCCAUUUUCGCAUGGUAACUCUUUGAGGAAGAGCUUCAAUAAGCAGAAGCCUACUCCUGAGGCAAAAAAGUCUUUGUCCGUGAAAACUAUCGAGGAAUCCGAGAGGUCGGAGACUGAUCCAGAAGAUGAAACUGUUCCCGAGAUACCAGACGUCAACGAUUACAGGGCCAUAUUUCAGCCAAGUCGCUCUUUGAACAGGAGCCCUCCAAUUAGUAUAUUUACGUCAGGUCACAAUUCAGAUGAAGCUUUUAGCUCUGAUGCUUAUACUGCUGACGUAACGAUCAUGGGAAGCCGCAGCCCACCCCCAAUGGUAACACCCCCUUCUCCUGUUGGCAGUGUAUACUCUACUCCGCCGCAGCUGCCUCCUGUAUCUGUAAUACAGCCGGCUGUGCUACCUCCUAUUCCUCCAGCUGUUAUGUCAGAUGAAGAAAUUGGUGGUGGUAGUGAGGAGAUGGAUGUUCGGCAGUCGUCACCUUCACCUCCUUCAGUCCAACAGCCAAUACCAGGAGUUCGCAGGCACAGCGUAGUGAACAAAGUCAACGAAGACUUCCCUGUCAAACUAUCAUCAAUCCACCAGUCAUCUAGUGAGAGCAGUAUACCACGAGCCUCGUCAACGGUGAAGCAGCCUCCUGCAGCGAAGCACCCCCUUCGAACUGUGUCUCACUCUAGUGGUCUACCAAAAACAGCAUUGCGGGAAACAAAAAGCGACAGAGGGCCGGUAAAAAGUGGUAAUUUCUGUCAGCCAGCACCUGAGGCGAUGGACUUCGUACCUAUGUCUGCAGACAGGCCAACAGGUCUCGACCUUGAUGAUUUUAUGCCAAAAAAUUUACAAAGAGGAAUGGAAUUUGGAGGUUCUGUACCUAACAUGUCGGAACAGGAGGUACUGUCAUCGAUGAUGAGAGGGCACGAUUCUAUCAUGGCGAUUUUAGCGACUAGGCAACGAAAUUUGCAGAUUGUCUACACCCAUUGGCAGAAUAAGGAUCUUAAGUCAGCCGUGGAAACUGCAGUGCACAUGAGUGACUUAUCAGUAUUGGUGGACUUCUUGAGUAUUAUCACUCACCGCCCAGGAAUCUGGAACUUGGACAUCUGUGUUGUUGUGCUUCCUGCUAUUUAUGAGCUAUUAAAAAGCAGAUAUGAAACGCAUAUGAGAGCAGGUUGUGAUGCCCUUCGCCUUAUCCUAAGGAACUUCACUCCAGUAAUCAAGUCCAAUGUGCUCUCUGGGUCUGCUGCUCUUGGUGUUGAUUUGAGCAGAGAAGAGAGGUAUCGGAAGUGUAUGAAUUGCUACCAGAGCUUGGUUUCAAUUCGGGCUUUCCUUCUCAAAAGACAGACGCUACAAGGACCACUUGGCCAGAGCUUCCGUGAACUUCACAGCUCGCUGGGGGAAAUUGAUGCCAACUAA